AGAUCACCGCCAUUUUCCUUGUUGUAGGUGCUUCAAAUGUCAUAAUAAUUUUGAUUAUCACUAUAAUUGUUAAUUUUCUUUGUGUAUUUUUAUUAUUUUAUAUUAUAUAAUUAGUAAAUGUUCCUAUUUACUUCUUAAUUUUAUUUUGUUUAAUAUAUUGGUCGUACAAGAGUGAUGUGUUAGUAAAUUUAGAUAGGUCGUAAUUUCAAGGACUCUUCAUGUACUACAAUAAAAGUCUCCGUGAAAAGCAACGAGGAUACGAUCCUGAGGGCUUUGUGAGCCGAUAGACGUGAUAAUUAAUCGAAUGUGAGGUGUAAGAUUAGUUAUAUUUAUGGGACAAUGAGCGAGUCGCCGGGAGUGGAGUGGCUGCCCGCGUACAGUCCUGGAACUCCUCGCCACAGCCCCCUCGGACCGAUACCGCGCUUCCUUUACGAGGAUGUGCAGCCACUCGCUUUGCAACAGGAAAACAACAACAAGGACGAACAGAAGGAGAACACUAACAAAAUUAAACAUGCGAAACCAGCCUACAGCUAUGCAAGCAUGAUAAGGCUUGCAAUCAGCAGCUCUCCGAAUGGCAAGAUGACUCUGAAUGAGAUAUACACUUAUAUAUGUAAUGCAUUCCCAUAUUAUAAAGAGGCUGGGAAGGGUUGGAUGAACUCUAUAAGACACAACCUGUCAUUAAACAAAUGUUUUAUGAAAGUUGCUCGGAGUAAAGAUGAUCCAGGGAAGGGUUCAUAUUGGGCGAUGGAUACUAGUUACAAAAUGGCAGAGGUCACUCCUAGAAGACGUAGGAGUUUAAGGAUGGCACCGUACAGUCCAGAGUGCAGCUCGAACAGCAGCGGAGAAGCCGGGCCCCCCGCUGCCACGCCCACGCCUCCGCCGACUCCCACCACCCCCACCACUCCCACUUCGCCACACGUCCUGCCAGUCAAGGAGGAACCCGUCACCAAUGAGCAGUCUGAUUCUAAACACACGGACGAUGCGUUAUCGGCUCUGAUGAAUGAGGAACUAAUGACCGACGUUGACAUUACCAGAGAACGUUGGCUGUGCGAGCCCGGCCGGCGGCACGUGUGCGUGGUCGCCCGCCACAGCUCGCUCACGGACGACUACGGAAACUUCGGACACAACCCGCCGCGGCCCGACGACUGCGACUGUCCGUCCGACCCGCAGUACUACGAGCCCGAUGCGUUAUAACGCUGCACCUGUCCCCCCGUCCCCCCGCAGUACUACGAGCCCGAUGCGUUAUAACGCUGCACCUGUCCCCCCGUCCCCCCGCAGUACUACGAGCCCGAUGCGUUAUAACGCUGCACCUGUCCCCCCGUCCCCCCGCAGUACUACGAGCCCGAUGCGUUAUAACGCUGCACCUGUCCCCCGUCCCCCCGCAGUACUACGAGCCCGAUGCGUUAUAACGCUGCACCUGUCCCCCCGUCCCCCCGCAGUACUACGAGCCCGAUGCGUUAUAACGCUGCACCUGUCCCCCCGUCCCCCCGCAGUACUACGAGCCCGAUGCGUUAUAACGCUGCACCUGUCCCCCGUCCCCCCGCAGUACUACGAGCCCGAUGCGUUAUAACGCUGCACCUGUCCCCCCGUCCCCCCGCAGUACUACGAGCCCGAUGCGUUAUAACGCUGCACCUGUCCCCCCGUCCCCCCGCAGUACUACGAGCCCGAUGCGUUAUAACGCUGCACCUGUCCCCCCGUCCCCGCGCAGUACUACGAGCCCGAUGCGUUAUAACGCUGCACCUGUCCCCCCGUCCCCCCGCAGUACUGAGUGCGCUCGCCCUUCAUAAGGCGCUAUUGCAUUGGAUUAAAUGCUUCUACCCACAUUCGACGGAUAGUCCAGUAUAGUACAGAUGUGGGUACAGAUUGACGUGCCCGCGCGCAGCCGCCGACACGUCCGCACUCAGUAUCCCGUGUCGUAUCAUGUAUUCGUUAAGUACAAACGUACAUAAUCGUAUUGUUUUGUUUUAUAAUAAUAAUAAUUAAAGAAAGAUGUAGAUUUGUACUGAAAAUAAAUAUAUAUACAUAUAUACAGAAAUAAUCGAUUAUGUCUUAUCGAUUUAUCUUGUUAUAGUGUCGAUGUUGGAGGUAUUUCAAAGUACGUUGGUAUUUGAAUUGUGCGAUGGAGGUCUAUUCAUGUAAACUACUAUACCGUUGUUGCAAAUUUACUAAUACCAAAAUAACAUUUAUUUAUUUAUUUAUUUUGUCUGUCUGUCUGUUUAUUCCGGCUAAUCUCUGGAACGGCUGGACCGAUUUUGAUGGGAUUUUCGCUGAUAGGUAGCUGAUGAUACAAGGAGUAACUUAGGCAACUUUUUUUAGAAUAGCUUCCCCCCACGGCGUCAUUCGCGGUACGAAAAACCGCGGGUAACAUCGCGGGACUCAGCUAGUCUAUACAUAUAAAUGAAAUUGGUGUUUCUGUUUGUAAUAUUGAAAUAGCCGCUUUUUACUACAUGCAUAUGAAUAUAUAUACGGUACAUACACCAAAAUAACAUUUUUUACAAUUUUUGUCUGUCUGUCUGUCUGUCUGUUUGUUCCGGCUAAUCUCUGGAAUGGCUGGACCGAUUUUGACGGGACUAGAGUAACUUAAGCUACUUGUUUUAGACUAGCUUCGCCUCGCGGCAUCACCCGCGGUACGACAAUAACCGCGGGUUAUAUCGCGGGACUCAGCUAGUCUAUACAUAUAAAUAAAAUUGGUGUGUCACUCACACUCCUCAAUAGAAGAUUGUAUGUAUUAGUUUACGUGAAUAGAAUCGUCCGUCUGUGCGGAGGAGAUGUAGAUAAGAUUAUAUCGAGGGUCGCGCUAGGCAGAUGUGUUCGUUCAACGUAAUGUUGUUGUCGCAGGAUUUUGAUGUCUUUACGUACCGUUAUUAUUGCAUAGCCACAUAAAUAUCACAUUUCCAUGAUUCGUUUACAUGUAUUUAUAUAUAAUGAGCGAUGAAUUGUAAACGAACUUGGACAUAAUUGAAGACGUGAGUGGAUGAAGGGGUUAAGUACCGUUUUUAAGAUUUUUGAGUUUUUAUUUACAUUGAAUAAAUGUUAUGUGCGUUUAAACCAUAUUAGACCUUAAAAGUCCAGGAUUAAAGGCCAUUUUUAUAAGUACAUGUCAUGAAGGAGUUAUAUACGAAGAAAAAGUACAAGUAACAAAAGUUUGUUUCGCGUUUUAUCAAAAUCAACAAAUUGUAUCAUAUCCCCUUCAUCCACUCAUGUCUUCAAUUAAAAAAAAAACCUUGUAUCCAAAUUAUUUAUUACUACAGUAAUUAAAAAUGAAUUCUGCAUUAUAUGUAUCGUAAUUCGAUAAUUACAUCUAAAAUUAAAUUAUAUGAAGCUAUUUUGUCGCUAUGCAAUAACACGAUCUUAACUUUUUUUAAAUAUACAAAGAAAUGGUGUUGAAAGUAAAGUUCUUAAACUUAACUCCGGACGUGUUCAAUGAACCUCACACAAGGUAUUUAACGAUCGCGUUACGUAACAAUGAUCCAAUAACAUAUCUGCCAACGAUAGAUUAUUAUACACGUAAUUAGCUAUAGUUUACCUAUAUUACAGUGACGAGGUGGUGACGAGAAUCGUUAGCUGAUAAUCAUUUCAUUUGGGAUAAGAACUGAAAUUGUUUCAAAGAUAUGUUUUUCGUCCUUCGAAGGAGGGAGGGGAGUCUCGCAGUGUUUAUUCUUGCUCGCGAUUUAUACACGGUCAUUAAUAGAAACGAAUCCAAGCGAUACGUGCGAAAUUCAGUACUUGGCAAUUAUGUACGUCCUAAAUCUUUGGGUGUUUGACAAUUUGAAACGUCCCAUACAUCAGCUUACUGAGUUUCCCGCCAGACCUUCUCAGCGGGUCGCGAUUCCGAUCCGGUAGUAGAUUCAUUCGCGAAGCAGCUGCUCUUGAGUUGUUAGGUCUCCUUUGGAAGCGCUCGGGUAGCCGUUAGCAAAUCCCACCCCUCCUGACUGAGCCCUUGCUCGCCCACCUAUCCUGGUGAAACUAGCAAGGCCUCCAGGCCACAAGUAAUCUUUCAAUCCUAAAAAAAAUAUUUUUGAAACCGUUAAUUUAUUCUGAUGAUCUUUUUUGUUGUCCGGUGUGCAACUUACAAAAGUUUGUUUGAUAUUUGAAAAUCAAAUUUUUCAAGUUUUAAUUGGGUUUAAUUGAAAUAUAUUUCGGUGUGAGACUCCCUUCGCUCCUUAUUUAUUGCUUAAUAACCUUUAAUUCUCCACGCGAUCAGAUAUUUUAAUCUUGCGGCUGACUCUACGUACUUAUGUAAUAAUAUGACUGUAUUAUUAUUAUAUAAAUUUAGGACAUCCGUUGCUAAAAGAGGAACAUGUUUUUAAAGCAGUCUUAGUUACAAUAUCGUAGGUUGCUAUAUGCAAUAUUAUACAAAUGGAGCAUAGGGGCGUUUGCGGCCCCCGGGCGGCUCCUCGCAAGCGUAGGCCGUUACAGUUUAUCGUGCUAUUUUAUUCCUUUAUUGGGGAUGCUUUUAUUUUAUUUUUCAAGUACCGUCAAAAACAGUUAUAUCCUUAGAGAGUUCCAUAAUACGAGUCUCGGUCAUUAUUUACAUUUCACAUGAAAUUCUAUAAUACAUAGAACGUAAAAGUGGGUUAUUACGUAUUUAUAAACGGAGAAAAAAAUGAUUUUUUUGAAAUUUAGUAACGCACUAGCUAAUAUUUGUGUUUCGACUAAAAUUGGCUUAUGAUGAUGUUAGAGCUAGCACCGCUCGCGUUCGCCAAAACUUCAGGCACAAGGUAUAUCGCCGCAUCGCUUUAGUACAAUUACUUUGCGAUAGCGCUGUGUCAAUUACUUUGACACAGCGACUUGCAAGAAAUUCGGAAAAAGAAUAGAAUAUUACCGGGUAACUUUAUACACUGUACUCACUCGCUGUAAAUAGCACGUAGGUAAAUGGAAGGGCACCUAGAGUAUGCCACAAAUAUCCCUUGGAUAUGCCUUAAAUACCAGUCCAAUACACACAUCUUUCAAACGAUUUUCAUGUAUUUAAGGGAAUGUCUUGAAUCUGGGUUGUCCAGAAAACGGCCCGCGACGCAUGUUUUAAUCAGUAAAACUUAUUCUUGUAAAAUUCCUGUGACAUAUUUUCUUUUUUUUUUUUUUGAUAAGCUCGUAUAUAACUUGUGUUACAGGUACCAGAUAACGGAAAUAAAUGUAAGAUUUUUUAUUAUACCCAUACAUAUAUUUAAUAUACAUCCAUAACCCUGGAAAAGACAUUUAUAUUUACCAUACAAAUAUCUUCCCUUGGCGGGAUUCGAACCCGCGACCCCCUUGUGUAGUGACCAUGUCACUUACCACUACACCAGACGGCCGUUUGGACAGUCCUCUCUUAAAGAAUUCCAGAUAUCCGAGUCGUGACUACAUCAGUACCGUUGCCCUUACGCACUGCAUCCCCCUUACCUAGGCUAGGCUUAAAUAGAGUCCUUAACCGCAAGGAGCGCCGUGUCCCCGAUCUCGCCUUGAUAUAUGCAUUUAAAGCAAUUGAAUAUGCUCUUUCGAAAAGGCACAUCUCUGAAAAUGUAAAAUGAUAAGGAAAUUAAAAAAAAAACUGAUUAUUUUCUAAAGCUGUGUAAAAUUUAAAAUUUUAACUUUUGAGAUAUAUCUUAGUGUUAAUUAGCAAUUGAAAAUUACUGGAAUUAUUAUAAAAUGGGUGUAGCAGGUAAGCCUCAAAACUACAUGUAUAUGAAAAAACGCAUUUGACAAAAUAUCCGACAUGUGCCCUUUUCCAAAUUGCAUAUUCAAUUAAAAUAGCACGUUAAAUAUUGGGAAAGCAAUAAGACUGUAUUGAACGCAAAUACAGUAUUCGGAGCCAGGUUGGUGACGACAGAUCUCAGAACGACCAGUAUAUUAUUAUAUUAUGAAAGAAUAUAUUAUACAAAUAUAAAAGAAAUUAUAAAUGCAUAUAAUUAUGAUAGUGUGCUAUAAUAAUGAUUAAUUUGUGCAUGAAACUUAAUUAUAUUUUAGUUUAUUCUUUUUAAUUUAAAAAGAAAUAUGAAUUAGUUAUAACGAAUUUAUAAUUUAAAAAUUAAUAAAAAAUUAAUAAUAAUAAUAAAUGUUAAACGCACUUUAUUAAAAUACGUAAUUUGCUUUUAGAUGUCGCGCUAUCGGCCUAUUAAUGAUUAGUUUCAAUAAUUCAAGAUACGUUUCUAAGCUAAAGUUAUUUAAGGUGCAACUAUAUAUUAUGAUAUUGAUGUAUUACUAUUUUUUUUUUCUGUUUUUUUUUUGUGCCAUAAAAAUUGAAGGCGGUUCUAAUGCGAACCAUUAGGUGUAAAAAAUGUCCCAUAUCUUAUUGAAAAUGUGUUCAAAAUAAAGAUUUUUAUAUGUUGUAAAUUACAAAGAUAAUGUAAUUUUUAAGCUCGUGUACAUAAUAAUAAGGUGGUAUUAUUUAAAAUCAAAUUUCAUGGUGAAAUUAUACAUAAUUGGAAUUCUUAUUUGGGAAGAACGUUUAAUAAAUUUUACUCACACUUUAUUAUUCAUAUGAUUUGUCUGCAUUAGAAAUUUGUGAUUUUUUUUUAUGUAAUGUAAACAUUAUGUCUGCGACUGACGUGUUAAAUUGUAUGAAGUCGACGGGCUUGAUUAAUUAUUAUUGGUAAUAAAUCAACAUUCCUUGUUUAAAUAAAAGAUAGUUAAAAUUUGUAAAAUUUAAUUACCUUUUUUUGGAAAAUUUUAUUUAUUUUAUACAAAAAUACAUAAAUAGCGAAAUGUUUUCGAAAAAUGUUCCGAUUUGCUAUUUAAAAAAAAAAAAACAUUGAAUUCAUUUACUAAAAACAUAUUUAAUCUGUGAAACGCAAUGUGUUGCCACUUUUUGAACAUAAUUUUCUUAGUAUUUAUUUUAUAUUCUGUGAUAAAAAAAAGUUUUUUUCGGAAAAAUCUUUGUAAUUUAUGUUUUAAAGCGUGGAAUGUAUACGUUUGUAUUUAGAAAAUAUAAGAUUGUGAUUAAUCUUCUCUAAAUACCGGUUAGUAUAUUUUCAGCGUCGUUUUUUAAAGUUACGUGUAUAUUUUGGAAUGGAUUAAUGUUUUUUAAAGUCGAGAAUUCAAAACGAUUGUAAAUUAUUUGUGGGUGAUCUGUAAUGUUUACGUUUACUUUCCGUUCGGUUUUACGAUUCCGCCUAACGAUGAUAUUAAACGCGGCGCAAUGGAAAUCAAAUAUUUUAUAUUAAUUAUUGUAAUAUUAGACGUUUAAUUUAAGAGUAGGAUGUUCUACCUCUACGAAUAUAUGUAAUAGUUGAUGUACAAUAUAAACUUUUAACAAAA